GCCAAUCGAUUUGUUAGCAGCAACCCUGAAGUGUAGAAUUGUGUUCAGUGAGAUAUUAAAGCGCUCAAUUAAAAGCCGGCAGAUAUGCUCCACAGUUCAGAGGACGGUUUGACAAGGAAUCACAUUUUCCUGUCGCCCAAUGGCGAUUACAGCCGUCCUAUGCUGAAGCUGUGUGAGCAUUGUGUGAACCACGAAAAGAAGGUACUCCUGCUGACCCAACAACAAUUCAAUCUGCCUGCCACACUGAAGAAGCCGCGCUCGCUCGUCCACAUGGAGCGCUGGAUGAGCAUCACAUUGAAGGACAUUGAGAGCGCACCGCGUCGCAUUAUUGAAUUGUACGACUGCCAGCCGCGUCCUGAUCUCAUUAUAUUCGAUAUGUAUUCGAUUGUCGCCGAACUGCUUAGCCGUCCUGUGCUGCAGCAGUGCACAACCUCGACUCUGGUCCGGCACAUAGCCAAGUGUGCCGCUGCCUUCUGUAAUUAUCUAGAAAUGGUGCAGGCAUCCAAGCAGAAGCAAAAACUAAACGCUGUCGACGCCAUCAUUGUCCUGCCCACCGAAUCCUAUCCACUGACCCAGGCGCAAUUCAAACUGCUCAUCGGACUCUACUUCAGCGACAACGAGCUCUAUACAAACUUUGCCUCGCUCUCCGAACGAAUUGGCCUCUCCAUGGGGCUGCACUGAUGCCCCAGCCCCCGACACAAAUCAGCGAGUGCCUUAAUUUAUAAUUAAGCUAAAUGUUAUUGUUUAAUUCUUAAAAUACCAGCCGUAUAUGCUGCCAAGUUUCUCAUUGUUAUAACCAUUAGACUUAUAUCACAAUUCGAGCAAAUCUUUGGCCUAUUGAUGUCUCAAAGUAUAUACAUAUACAUAUAUAAAGGCCUAUUCAGA